UGCAUAUCAGCACUGUAAUCAGUCUUGUAGUUGCGCGAAUGGCUGUAAUACCAACUACUGGGGAGAGAAAUGCCAGAACCUUUGCAAUUCCAACUGCAAUAUUCCAACGCUCAACAGUAAUACAUGCGAUACUGCGAAUGGUUCUUGUAUAUACGGGUGUCAAAACACAUUUUGGGGAUUCCAGUGUACAAACAGCUGCUCGCCAUAUUGUUUAAAUGGCACAUGUCACCAAAUGUCUGGUAACUGCUCAGUCGGAUGUUUGAGUAACCAGACGUACGGUGGAAAUUGUUCGAUUCCUUGCAAUCAGAACUGUAAAAAUUGCAUUUGCGACAGAAAUAACGGUCAUUGCCAACUGGGAUGUAGUACUGGAUGGUACGGAGAAAUGUGUGAUAAACAAUGCAAUGGCAAUUGUUUCACAAGCAGCUGCAAUCAAAGCGAUGGAACCUGUGUCUAUGGCUGUAAGAUUGGGUGGUACGGGGAACAGUGCACGCAACAAUGUAGUGAUGGAUGUUUAGAUAAAAUUUGUCUAGUCGAUACCGGAAACUGCAGUCGUGGGUGCGCUCCUGGCUAUAAAGGUCCUCAGUGUGAUAAAGAUUUAGAGAGUCAGAAAAUGUGUUAUGAGUGUGACAACAUGUCCAGUCCACAAUAUUGUGAUUCAGUUGCCAACUGCCAGGCCAGUGAGACAUGCUUCAUUGAGUCCCACAAGGCGGCACAUGGAAAGAAAUUUCGUUCAGGUUGCAUGGAUGAAAAGAAAUGUCGUAUGCUAGAGAGCGCCAAUACCACCUCAGUAUGUGUUGAGUGCUGCUACAAUAGCAUGUGUAACAACAGAGGAUGCGGAAAUUCUGAUUUUCCUUCACGUGAACAUCGUGGACCCAUGUGUUUUGGCUGUCUUCAUACCGGAGAUCCGAAAACCUGUGACACUGUCAGCAUGUGUACCCCUAACCAGGUUUGUUCAAUAGAAAAGUUCCAGUGGGGAGAAGGUUUUCAUUACAAACAAGGCUGUGCUAAUAAAGUGUGCAAUUCCUUAUCUUACCACAAACGAUCGAUUCCACUCUGUCAUUCUUGUUGUGAAGAUGACUAUUGCAAUCGUAACUGCACAUCUAAUACUUCAAAUAAUGGAGAGAUAUUUGUUGGUUGAAAGAAUGAAAAGUCUAAAGAAACUGCUGAGUUGAUCGGACACACAUGAUGUACACCUUUUGUUGGAUUAUAUAAAUUACAUUAUAUUUUGAACUUCUUUCUGUAUGCAAAGAUACACCUUUGACAUUACAUAGGAUUAAACCAAAGAGCUUGGCACCUCAAGUAUAACAAAAUUUCAUGGACAGAAGCUAUGACAUUAGGGUAUAACUGUAUAAUGUUACAUACAAUGUUAGUGAAACAGCUAUCGUAACAAAUGAGGGAAGAUGAAAAACUUGAGAAGAAGAGCAUAAACUAUGCAUGUAAAUUGAAAUACAUGUAUUGUGUCAAAAAUUUGAUUGUAAUGAUUAUGUUUUAAAGGACUCGAACUUUUCUAUAUAGUUUAUGACGCGUUUGCUGAUCUUGAAAAGGCUAUCAAUGAAGUAUUGAACAUUACACAUCUCCCGUAGCAAGAAAGGAUUGUAAAAAUGUUCAGCCUUUCGUUUUACUAAUUUGUGCGGAAAUUUAAAUUUUAUAUAAAGCAUGAAUCUUUUUUUUUCUGAAAUGGCAAAAUAGUAAUUUAUAAAUGCCCAUAGAUGUUUUGGAAAAAUGUUGCCGUUCAGCUUCUUGCUAUUCCCAAGUAGCAGGACACAUUAAAUGUUUGUUAAUUAAUCCUGAAGCUUUCCUUCUUGCCAAACAAAGUGUUGUGAUAUAUCUGUCUCUUUGAAAUUCAUAUGUUUAAGCAAAAACACUUUUCAAACGUUUCGUCAUUACUUUUUAAAGAAAUAUGUAAUAAAGUUUUAUUACUGUAAAAGCAACAUCUUUGUAUUUCGAUAUCAAGUUAAGUCAUUUCAAGUCAAAUACUUUGUUUUAUCACAUAAAUAACAUAUUAAGAAUCUUCUUAAAAUGUUUUGUUGUCAAGAAAUAAGUAAUAUAUUU